GCCUUGUGAUGAUAUUCUGGAUCUCAUUUUCCAGAAAGUUAUAUUGUGGAGUUUUUCAUUUGCUCAUUCAUAGCAUUGAGAGAAUAUGAUUAGUCUAUCAAAAUUAGCUUUGAUAGUUUUUUAUUUAAUUGCAGAUUUGUAUGCUGUAUCUAUACUGAAUGAUCUAGGGCCAAACUAUGAUGUGGUUUUCUAUAAGUUUGAGCAGUGUGACAAGCGAGGCAAGGUCGACUUCCUAUCGAAUUUGAAAGUUGGCAAAUUGAAUAGAACUCACCAUAUCUACACUGGAAUCAUGGACACUGGUGCUGACGUUGACAACAAACUGAAAGUGCAAGUCAUAGCCGCAGUUAAGAGCUCGAGUGGACGGUAUAGCACACUCAUUGAUAUGAAAUUGAAGGCGUGUGACAUGGUUAUGACAUUUGGACGUGACAUUUUCCAAUCGUUAGCUGACAAUUGCAAUGAAACAUUAGUAUGUCCCAAAAAAAGGACUCGAUGUGAUUUGAAGGACUUCAUCAUAAAUUUCAAUUUCAACAAUCUACCUGUCAUGCCGUAUGGGGACUACAGGGUGGAGGUCAUUCUACUGAAAAUGUUACCCUAUGCCAUGGAGGAGAAGAUAUCUUGUCUUAUGGUCUUCGGAGGAGUAGUGAAGCGACAAAGUAAUCCACGCUCGAAAAACAAGAAGAACAUGAAUUAAUAUUGAAACUAUUGAACAUUUUGAAAAUAGUCAAUAUUGUUCAUUUUUCAUCAACAAACCUUAAUGGAAUGACAAUUGAAUCUAAUAAAGAGUUUUUGUUUACUGGAUAAAAA